AUGACAAGCAUCGCUCUUGCAGAAACUGACAAGUAUGAGGUCUUGGAGAAGAUUGGAGCCGGCUCCUUCGGUAUUAUUCGAAAGGUCAAACGGAAAUCAGAUGGUUUUAUUCUCUGCAGAAAGGAAAUCAACUACAUCAAGAUGUCGCAAAAGGAACGAGAGCAAUUGACCGCAGAGUUCAACAUCCUAAGCUCACUUCGCCACCCAAACAUCGUCGCCUACUACCACCGCGAGCAUUUGAAGGCCUCACAAGACUUGUAUCUGUACAUGGAAUACUGUGGAGGAGGUGACCUCGGAAUGGUUAUCAAGAACCUGAAAAACACCAAUAAAUUUGCAGAGGAGGAUUUUGUUUGGCGCGUUCUGGCUCAAUUGACAACGGCUCUGUAUCGCUGUCACUAUGGCACCGAUGCGCCACCUGUGGGAUCGAAUCUCUUGGGCCCGCCUCAGCCUAGGUCAGGCCUUAAGGGCAAACAGGCACAGAUUAUGAUUCUACAUCGUGACCUGAAACCAGAAAACAUCUUUCUCGGCUCUGACAACAGUGUCAAGCUUGGUGAUUUUGGUCUGUCGAAGCUCAUGCAAUCCCACGACUUUGCUUCUACAUAUGUCGGCACUCCCUUUUACAUGUCGCCUGAGAUUUGCGCCGCCGAGCCAUACACCCUUCACUCCGACAUCUGGGCUCUGGGUUGUAUCAUGUACGAGCUAUGUCAGAAGGCUCCUCCAUUCAAUGCCAAAACACACAUUCAAUUGGUUCAGCGCAUUCGAGAGGGCAAAUACCCUCCCUUGCCCGACAUGUACUCUUCCGAACUGAAGGGUGUUAUCGCAAGCUGCCUUCGUGUCAACCCUGACCAGCGACCUGACACCGCAACUUUACUCAAUUUGCCUGUAGUUCGCUUAGUGCGCAAGGAACGGGAAGUCGUAGACAUGACAAACCGAGUCAAGAGACGCGAGGAAUCCGCUCUACAGAAGACGAAGGAGCUUGAAAUCAAGAUGGCCAACUAUGAGAAGGACAAGGCCCUCAUUAGAGAGGAUAUUGACGCAACUCUUCGUCGUGAAUGGGAAGUCAAAGCACGCUUAGAGAUUGAGCGUCAGGUACAAAUGCGAUACGAAGAACUAUCCAAGCAAUUUGAGACAGAGGUUAGAGCUCGCGUUGCCGCUGAAUUAGACAAGGUGAACAAGACAAGAGCGCCACCACCAGAGUCCAUUCAACCACGUGAAACGUCCGGUUCAUCUAUCAGCGGCAGUGAAGAUUCGGAUUUCCCGUCAACAACCGAUAUCAGUGAACUCUCCUUAGAGUCACCUAGCUCAAGCCGCAACAAACCUAUGCAAAAAGUGUCGCGGACACCUUUCAGCCGUGCAAAGACCACGGUCGAGUCGCCUAUGGACAUACAGAUGGGUGAACCAUCUCCAAUUACUAUCGCGUCAUUAUCCCUAUCUCCUCGACGCACAGCGCCGAUAACCAAGAAUCUUUUUACUGAACAGGCGCAACAAAAGUCCAAGUGGGAGCCUUGCCUUCUGGGCUCGGACGACGAGGAAGAUAUUCCCGAUCUUCCAUCGCCAACUCGUCCCAAGGUAAAGCCAGAUCCUUUCAAGGCGGUUCGUCGUCCCAUGCUCCGCCAUCAGACUACUGCUAUGGUGUCAAAGAUGAGCAAUCAGCCAUCGAUCUUUCCAGCAGGAGCGUCCCGGUUGCCUCCACCACCUACAACCUCAAACCCACUUUCCACUCAGCAGCCACAAGCACAAGAGAUGGCUCGCCCACUAUCAGCCGAAUUGCGAUCCAAGUCGCCUACUCGGCGUCUUUCCAAAAUCCCAUCAACUUCCAAUCUGAUCGGCGAUGCGACUUCACCCAGUCGUAAAGGUGCAGCGGGCAAGGCAGCUACAUUCCAUGGCACGAAAAUCAAUUCAUCCAGUAACAACAGCAGCAGUGAUGACAACAGCAUGUACAAAGCGGUGAUGCAGCGCAACAUGGGCGGACGUACUUUGGUUGAAUUGGCACAGGCCCGUGCCGGCGGACGUGCUUUUAUGGACGAUGCGAAACGUGUGUCGAGCGAUUCUCGUGCCUAUACUACUUCCUCGUCUUCUGGAUCGGGACUAUCGUCGUUCGGCAAAUCCACAGAGUUACCAGCAACCUGGGAUCCAAAUAGCGAGCAGAUGCCCAGUCCUUUCGUUUCGCGACGAGUCUUUCACAGCUUCCGGUAA